AUGAAUCGGCAACAAGCUGCAGAGAAAGCUUUGCAUGAUCAGACCAAUAUCUUGCCAAUUGGUCAACUACUGAUUGUUUUUGCUGGCUUGGCAGUGUCAUUACUUAUCACUUUCGUCGACCAGAAUGGCAUCAGCGUUACUCUCCCCACAAUUGCCAAAGAUCUCCAUGCUGAAAAUACUAUCUCCUGGGCGGGUACAUCGUCACUCAUCGCAAAUACUAUGUUUACGGUGCUGUAUGGCCGUCUUUCCGAUAUUUUUGGCCGAAAGAUAGUCUACCUUUUUGCGUUGGCCCUGCUCUGUAUUGCCGAUUUGCUCUGUGGCCUGUCACAGAAUGCCGCUAUGUUUUAUGUCUUUCGAGGACUGGCAGGUGUUGCAGGAGGUGGUGUUACCUCUUUGACCAUGAUCAUUGUAUCUGACAUCGUGACCCUUGAACAACGAGGUAAGUAUCAGGGAAUAUUGGGUGCCUCGCUUGGACUUGGAAACGUAAUUGGUCCCUUCCUUGCAGCUGCUUUUAUCAUGAAGGCGACUUGGCGGGCGUUUUUCUGGCUCCUCGCUCCGUUAUCAGUAUGCUCCAUAGUGGUGGGAUAUUUUCUCAUACCAAACAAUGCCCAAAAGACUAGUUUCAGAAAGAAUUUGGGGCGGAUUGAUCACUACGGAAUUUUUGCGUCGUCUAUCGGGAUCAUCUUCCUGCUCAUCCCCAUUUCGGGCGGCGGCUCUUACUUCCAGUGGGACUCUGCAAUGGUGAUAAGCAUGCUCGUUAUUGGUGGUUGCUCCCUGAUUGUUUUCAUUAUCAUAGAGUGGAAGGUGGCCACACUUCCUAUGCUUCCCAUGGUUAUGUUCAGGAAUAAAGUCAUAUGUACUUUGUUCCUGCAGAGCUUCCUUCUCGGGGCCGUCUACCAGUCCAACCUCUAUUAUCUGCCUUUGUACUACCAAAAUGCUAGAGGAUGGUCUCCAAUCAUCUCUGCAGCACUAACGACGCCCAUGGUAGCUUGCCAGUCACUGGCCUCUAUCUGCUCUGGACAGUACAUCUCCCGCCGCAAACGUUACGGGGAGGUUAUCUGGACAGGCUUCGGUCUUUGGACCCUUGGUGCCGGCUUAAUGCUUCUUUUCAAUCGUCAUACCAGUAUCGGAGCAAUAGUCGUAAUCGUCCUCGUACAGGGCAUAGGUAUAGGCUUCACCUUUCAGCCUACACUAGUGGCCUUCCAAGCUCACUGCACCAAAGCUCACCGGGCAGUUAUAAUAUCGAACCGCAACUUCUUCCGCUGCCUGGGCGGUGCUUGUGGGCUGGCUGUGUCGGCCGCGAUACUGCAGGCGGUUCUCAAGUCCAAUCUGCCAGAAGGGUAUCAGAAUAUCGCUCACUCGACAUACUCAUUACCAUCCAGAUCAGGCGUUGCGGACGCAGAUUGGGAGCAAAUUAUCACUGCCUAUGCGAAGGCCUCAAGGGGAGUUUUCAUUUUGCAAGUACCGCUGAUCGGGAUUUGUUUCCUUUUGUGUUUCUUUAUCAAAGAUAGAGGACUAGAAAGGCCCAAGGACCCCGGGGAAGAAGAAGAAGAGGAAAAGAAGAAGCAAAAGAAUGACGAUAGCCGUGGAGCCCAGGAGCACGCUACCCAGGAAAACAGUCUGCACUCGGAUCUUGAGAAUCAAUCCGCUUCUGCUAAUAAUGCGAAUCGUGGGGGUUAA